GCCUUCGACAGCCAGAAGCCGAUCCCGACAGAAUUGCGUGGAGAGGUCUUGGACUUGGCGGACGACCGGACGAAGGACCAGCGCAAAGCCAUGGACGACGAGUAUGCUUACCUUGGCGUCAAGGACCCAAAGGUGCUGGUCACCACCUCGCGAGAUCCGUCCUCACGCUUGAGCCAAUUCCUAAAAGAGCUCCGGAUGUUGUUCCCUGGAGCCCAGCGUAUGAACCGCGGCAGCUAUGUCGUGAAGGAUCUAAUGGAGCUGGCCCGGUCGCACGAGAUGACGGAUGUGAUCUUAGUGCACGAACACCGUGGCGAGCCCGACGGCAUGGUCGUUUGCCACCUGCCCUUCGGGCCCACGGCCUACUUCGGCUUGUCCAACGUGGUGCUGCGCCACGACCUCGCUGAGAAGCCACCGGCCAUGUCUGAGGCCAGCCCGCACCUCGUCUUCCAUGGUUUCACAGCCAAGACUGGGCUCCGGGUGAAGACGAUCCUGCAGGCGCUCUUCCCACCGGCAAAGCAAGCCGGCGACAGAGUCAUGACCUUUGCCAACCACCACGAUGUGAUCCAUUUUCGGCACCACAGCUUUGCAAGGCCAAAGGGUCCUGGCGGCGACGGCCAUCGCUCUCGGGCGAAGGACGUGGCUCUUACAGAAAAUGGCCCCCGAUUCCAGAUGAGGCUCUUUCGCGUGGAGCUUGGGACGAUCGACAUGAAGGACGUCGAGGUGGAGUGGGUCCUCCGACCUUACUUCAACCGGCAGAAGGAAGCGUUGGCUUUGCCUGAGGACGGCAAAAAUGCCUUUCUUUGGACUUGGGAUGACUUGGGAGUCUCGAGUCUCCCGGUCAGGAGGAGCCAAAGACCUGAGCGUGGCUCCGCCGCUCCGCCGACCCGCCGUCUCACCCGCAAUGCCGCAAGGCCCGACAUGCGCAGCUCUCGUCAAAGAGACGUGCGGGCCAAGCAGUGGUUUGGUUCCUUUUCGCCGCAGUCUCAACCCUCUCCACCUGCCAACCUGCUUGCUUGUCUGGAUGUUGGAGAUCCCUGGCCCGAGAGUGGCCCAUCUUGUUGGGGGACAUGGCGCGGCGAGGAGACGUGA